UUUGUACUUUCGUCUCUGUUGCAGGGCAGGAAAUAUAACCCACGUCACAGUCAUGUUCGGCUCCGAACACAAAUAUUAUAUGUUGCACAGAUACAUUGCAAAGUCCUUUUUUGCUCACUCAGGGUACGAAAAGAAUGACGUCACAGUCCUCAACGACAUUGCCGUCAUUAAACUUGGCAAGAAAAUUCCACGGGAGGCGUGUCUGGAACCAAUUCAACUCGCUGUGGAAGGAGACGAAUUCGAAGAGAACUGCAUAAUCGCUGGUUGGGGUAAAACAUCAUGGGAGUCUUCACCAACAAUUGUCCUAUUAAAGGGUGAGGUACCCAUAAUACCGAAGAAAGUGUGCUCAACCAUAGCCAACGGCCUCCAGGAUCAGCAUAUAUGUGCUGGUAACCAACUACGUAAUGGAACUACAACUUGCAAGGGUGACUCGGGAGGCCCGUUGACCUGUACCCGUAAAAGCGACAAGAAACUCGUUUUGGUCGGCGUUGUCUCAUACGGCGAUAAAUGCGACAAUGGAAUGUCAAUCUUCGCGAAAACCUCUUAUUUCGCCGAAUGGAUCAAAGUCCACACAGAAAAGCAAGAAUAAUCUUGAAGUACUUGGGAACACAUUUACCAGAAGAAAUGCAUACGGAUCAAUGGAUAAUUGAGAAUUAAAAUCAACAAGAACUGCUGGAUCUCAACUGCUAUGAACAUGGAAAA